CCACCUUCCCAACUAUAAUUUCAAAGUAUAGAAUUCGAUAAAACCCCUCACUUUUCUAAAAUCUCAUUAACUACCCCCGCUCGCACCUCUCGCUCUCCUCGAUCGCCCUCCCUCUCCCUCUCCCUCUCCCUCUCCCUAACAAUCUUCCACCUAAAACCCUAAAUCUCUCUCUCUCACGUUGAAAUUCAACUCAAUCCUAAAGCUAUUAGCUAAAAGAGAGAGAUGGAGAGAAUUAUCGGAGACAAGUACAAGUUAGGUCGCAAAAUUGGAAGCGGAUCUUUUGGUGAAAUAUUUCUUGCGACCCAUGUCGACACCAAUGAAAUCGUGGCAGUUAAAAUUGAAAACAACAAAACCAAACAUCCACAGUUGCUAUAUGAAGCCAAGAUAUAUAAGAAUCUUCAAGGAGGAAGCGGUGUUCCGAGCAUCAAAUGGUAUGGAGUAGAUGGCGAUGAUAACGUUCUAGUUCUUGACUUGCUAGGACCGAGUCUUGAAGAUCUAUUUGUCUACUGUGGGAGGAAGUUUUCACUGAAAUCUGUCUUGAUGCUGGCUGAUCAGAUGAUUACGAGAAUAGAAUUUGUGCAUUCCAAAGGGUUUUUGCAUAGAGACAUCAAACCAGAUAACUUCCUCAUGGGUCUUGGUAGGAAAGCAAAUCAGGUCUAUAUUAUUGAUUUUGGACUUGCAAAAAGAUAUCGGGACUCCACCACAAACCGCCAUAUUCCUUACAGAGAGAACAAAAACUUAACGGGGACUGCUCGUUAUGCAAGCUGCAAUACUCAUCUAGGAAUUGAGCAAAGCAGACGAGAUGAUUUGGAGAGUUUGGGCUAUGUUCUCUUGUAUUUUUUACGAGGAAGCCUCCCUUGGCAGGGUCUGAAAGCUGCUACAAAAAAGCAAAAGUAUGACAAAAUAUGUGAGAAGAAGGUAUCAACCCCUAUUGAGGUCCUGUGCAAGUCUCAUCCUGUGGAAUUUGCUUCCUACUUCCAUUAUUGUCACUCUUUAACAUUUGACCAGCGGCCUGAUUAUGGAUUCUUGAAACGCCUAUUCCAAGACUUGUUUACUCGAGAAGGAUUUGAGUUCGAUUACAUCUUUGACUGGACCAUUCUCAAGUACCAGCAGACACAAAAGACAAAGAUACCGGCUCAAUCACCUGGUUUGCUGCCAGCUUCUAGGGUGACUAGCAGUCGAGCAAGGCCUAUGGAUACAAAUAAACUUAAAGGAGUCAAUGAUGCGUCAAAUUCUGCUGAGGUUAUGGAUCGGAGGGGAUCAUAUAAGCUCACUCGUCCAGAUAUGGAUAUGCAUCUUGGAUCAUCAAUAUCUCAGAAUGUAGGUUCCAGUAACCCGAUUGAGAAGCAUAAUGUGAGCAAUGCACCAAUGCCAUCUACUUCAUUCGCUGUGCCCAGUGCUUUCAAAAGAAAUUUACCUGAGGGACCAGAUGAGGCUGCAAAUGCUGGUCGUGGAAAUGGAAACAGAACUGGUGCUUCAAGCAGCUGGAUGCCAUCAUUAUACCGAAAUUCUUCUGCUAAGUAAUUGCCAUGAUUUGAAGGGAUCUGGAAACACAAUUUUGCAAGCUUCGUGAAGUUUGGUAGCUUGAAUUCUUUGUGGCAAGAUCUGCCAGAUCGUAUAAUGUAAUUUUUAUAAGGUGACUACAAGCACAGACACAUUGGAUGGUGCCAAGACCUGGCCCAUCAAAGCUUGGUUUUUUCAUGCGUGCAUAGAUGGGAAAAAUGACUGAAGCCAGAUUCGUGUCUAAUUAUUCAAUGGAUUAUAUGAUUCUCAUGCUCUAUCCUUGUUGCCUUUUGUUUUCUGGAACAAAUUGCUGGAUGUUUACCUGGAUCAGUUUGAAUCUAGGUACCCACAUCCUUCAGAAUCUGAAAAAUAAAAGGAUUAAUCCAGCGUUUCAGAUCAAUAUGAUUCAGAUUUGGUGUGAGAGGAGGGUUUAAUAUAUGAAAGGGAGGAAGUCCACCUUGCUUGUUGAAUGGAUUUCUGGUAUCUUAAUAUUUUAGUGACUAUGAGGGAAAAUUAGAUCUGGGAUUUCAGGGAAACUAUAACAGUUUGGAUGGAAGAGCAUUUUUAUAAUCUGGUUGCUACACAAUGUUCAUGCUUGUGUUGAUCUGCCUUUGCAUGAAGCAUGCUUUAGGACUUUCAUAUUUACGAGUUUUCCCACUCAUAGGUGUUGAUGCAACUUGCAAGACACCUUUAGACCUUAAAUAGAAGCUUAUAGCUCUUCGUCCAUGCUUAAGCUGUUAGAAGACUAUUGUUAGAAGCUCUGUUUU